CCUUCAUUAGCAGUCGAGUGGAGCGGAGGGAACGAGGACCUUAUCAUUAAAAAGAAGGGUCUAGCAUAAAGAGCACAAGGAAGAGUUUUAUCCUCAGGAAUUUUAAUAUCAAACGCAUACACGUCAUUAGCCUACAUCAGCGCGUGAUGCUCUCUAUGGAACAAUCUCACAGAGAAUCAGCUACAGUCGUAGCUCAUUGAACAAAGUAGACAGCUAGCCGGGAUGCGGGUAAUUCUGUUUGCAGCUACAGUGCUCUUUGCGCACGAGUUCGCAGCGGCCGAGCCGAAAUGCCCAUCCAAGUGUGAUGUGAGUAAAUGUCUGAGCCCGAGCUGUCCGAGCGGGUAUGUGCCCGACCUCUGCAACUGCUGUCUGGUGUGCAGCCUGGGCGAGGGAGCGUCUUGCGGGCGGAAGGAUGAUGCUCCGUGCGGCGACGGGCUAGAGUGUAAAUUCCCAGCCGGUAAGCGACUUUUCAAAGGAGUUUGCCAGUGUAAGACAACUCACAGAGUGUGUGGCAGCGACGGAAAGACCUACGGGAAUGUGUGCAAGAUGAGAGCAGCCGCGCGUAAAGCGCAACAGCGGGGGAUCCCUGAGAUAACCCAAACGCACAAGGGUCCAUGUGCAGUAUCAAACCCAGAUCCAGCACAUCUGAACAGCCCAAGAUACAAGUUCAACUUUAUCGCUGAUGUGGUGGAGAAGAUCGCGCCUGCUGUGGUACACGUCGAGCUCUUCCUCAACCAUCUGUUUGGCCGUCAUGUACCUCUGUCAAGCGGUUCUGGAUUCAUUAUGACACAGUCUGGUCUGAUUGUGACCAACGCUCAUGUGGUUGCUAGCAGCGCACCAGUCACAGGCCGUCAGCAUCUACGAGUGCAGCUACACAGCGGCCAGACAUACGAGGCCUCCAUCAGAGACAUUGACAAGAAGUCUGAUAUAGCCACUAUCAAAAUUAACCCAAAGAAAAAAUUACCUGUGUUAUCACUGGGUCAGUCUGCCGACCUGAGGCCCGGUGAGUUUGUGGUUGCCAUUGGCAGUCCAUUUGCGCUUCAGAACACAGUCACAACAGGCAUCGUCAGCACGACACAGAGAGACGGAAAAGAGCUCGGCAUCCGGGAUUCUGACAUGGACUACAUCCAAACUGACGCUAUCAUCAAUUAUGGAAACUCAGGAGGACCCCUUGUUAAUCUGGAUGGCGAGGUGAUCGGAAUAAACACACUAAAAGUCACUGCAGGGAUCUCUUUUGCAAUUCCAUCAGACCGAAUCAAUAAAUUCCUUAAUGAAUCUAAUGAUAAAGAGCAGAAAGUCAAACAAAGGGUAGUCAGGACAAACUUCACACAAUCUCAAGCUAUGAAGACUGCCUCAGAUGUUCAAGCCCCAAAGAAAAGAUUUAUUGGAAUCAAGAUGGUCACUUUAACAGAGAACUUAGUCCAGGGGCUAAAAUGGCAUAAUCCAGACUUUCCAGAUGUCGGUAGUGGAAUUCUUGUCCAUGAAGUUGUCCCAGACUCCCCAGCUCAGAAAGGUGGGCUCGAAACAGGUGAUGUUAUAAUGAAGCUAAACGGCCAUCCUUUGGUCAACACUGGAGAACUACAGGAGGCCAUUCAGGAAGACAUACCCCUUCUUCUGGAAGUACGGCGUGGUAACGAUGACCUACUGUUUAACAUUGAGCCUAAUAUCCUCAUGCAAUGACAACGUCAGAGAUGGGGAACCAGAGAAGUGAUCAGAAGGACAAGCACAAGUGAAGAAGAUUGCUAGAGACUUAAGUGUGCUUGAGUUUCUACAGAUGAAUGAAGUUAGAGGAGCGCGUCCUUGCAUCUGGGUUUCAAAGGACAAUGGGAGGAAAAAAGAACAAUUGCCUACCAAACUAAUACUAUAUUGAAUGUUUCUUUCGAGACUGAGCUGGACUGACUGAGAGAUCAUUUAGAAAAAUAAAAUAAGCAAUUUGUUGAUACACUUUACCCAUAGGCUACUGAAUGGUUUUGGUAAAUGAAGUGUAUUAUUUAAAAUUUAUAUGAUUCUUAUCUGUGUUCUUUGCACACAGCUUUUGUCAAGGCAAUGGCUAAUAUUUUGUUUAUAAUUUUUUUUUUAAAAUCAUGAUAUUUGUAAAAUUAAUAUGUAUUUUGAUAAGUGACUGUUUUACAGUUUACAAGGACUUUGAUGAUUGUAAUGAAAUGUUUGGGAUUAUCACAACUAUUUUACUUAUUAUCUGUAACACACGGUGUAUUCUAGAGAAGAAACAGGCAGAAGAAGUCUAGACUUCAUGACAUUAGUUCAUUUCUUUAACAUCCUGCACAUAGAGGAACAAAUAAAAGGAGCUAAAUGUA